UUACGCACUACAUUGGCCAAUUAGAACCUUGGUGGGCGGGAUCACCGUGGGCCUGGUUUUCAUGUUUGGUUGCAAAGUGUCGUGCUACUUCCAGGGAGCCCUCAGCCGCCGUGAGAAGUGACUUCCAGCUGAGCCGAGUGGACAUCAGGACGUAUAUCCUACCACACCUCUUCUCCCUGCUCGACUGCUGGAUGCUAUUCGGCAACUGUUUGGAAUUCAUUCUUCGCCUUUAAAUGGAUUUUGAAAACACUUGACCUGGAUAGAGUGCCGGACAAGUGUUGUGAAAAAGCCCGCCGGUUGUGGUGGUCAACUUUUAAAGGAGGUUGGUUGUUUCUGAAAGGGGGGAACCCGACUUAAAGCUACAAUGGAUCAAGCCAGCGGUGGGGAGGAUCCGAAUAAACCCUCUAAAAAGAAAUCCAGCGAGGAUGAGGGUAAAAACAAAAAGCUGAACAUACACAUAAAAACUUUGGCUGAUGAUAUGCGGGAUCGUAUUACCAGUUUCAGGAAAACAGGGAUGAAGAAGGAGAAGCCCCUUAUACAGCACCCAACAGAUCCCCUCUCUACCCAAACUGAACUGCCUGUUCCUCAGCCCCUUUUUGAUGACCGAUCCAUGAACCUUUCAGAGAAGGAAAUUAUUGACCUCUUUGAGAAGAUGAUGGAGGACAUGAACCUGAACGAGGACCGCAAAGCCCCUCUGCGUGGGAAGGACUUGAGCACCAAACGCGAGAUGGUGGUCCAGUACAUCUCAGCCACUGCCAAAUCUGGUGGACUCAGGAACAGCAAGCAUGAGUGUACCCUUUCAUCCCAGGAAUAUGUCCAUGAACUGCGUUCUGGCAUCACGGAAGAAAAGCUGCUCAAUUGCCUGGAAUCCCUCCGAGUGUCUCUCACAAGUAACCCUGUCAGUUGGGUUAAUAACUUCGGUCAUGAGGGUCUUGGCCUUCUCCUGGACGCUCUGGAGAAGCUGCUGGACAAGAAACAGCAAGAGAAUAUUGAUAAACGGAACCAGCAUAAACUCAUCCAGUGCUUGAAGGCUUUCAUGAACAAUAAGUAUGGACUGCAAAGGAUCUUGGGAGAUGAACGAAGCUUGUUGCUGUUGGCUCGAGCGAUUGACCCCAAACAGACCAACAUGAUGACAGAGAUUGUGAAAAUUCUGUCUGCUUUCUGUAUCAUUGGAGAGGAAAACAUCCUGGAUAAGAUUCUAGCUGCCAUGACAAUUGCUGCAGAGAGGAACAAUAAAGAGAGAUUUGCUCCAAUUGUGGAAGGACUGGAGAACCACGAGGCCCAGCAGCUCCAGGUCAGGGGACACACGACACACACGUACACACACACACACACACACACAGUGAAAGGGAGAGAGAAAAAGCAAGAGAAAACUCUUAACAUCACUAUUCUCAACUGUAUGUCUAACUUAUUCCAGGAGCUAAAAGAGACAGAGGAGCUAGACAUCCAGCUAAGGGUGUUCAAUGAGAACAAGGAGGAGGACUCCAUCGAACUCUCCCAUCGCCUGGAUGACAUUCGCGCUGAGAUGGACGAUAUGAAUGAGGUGUACCAUCUCCUGUCCAACAUGGUGAAAGACACUGGCUCUGAGGCAUACUUCCUGUCAAUUCUUCAGCACCUAUUGCUCAUCAGGAAUGACUAUUACAUCAGGCCCCAGUACUACAAGGUGAUAGAGGAAUGUGUAUCUCAGGUGGUCCUGCAUCGCAAUGGAAUGGACCCUGACUUUGGCUACAGUAAAAGACUGGAAGUGGACUUCACCCAACUGAUUGAUCAGUGUGUGGAUAAAGCCAAAGUUGAAGAGAGUGAGCAGAAGGCUGCAGAGUACUCCAAAAAGUUUGAUGAGGAGUUCAGUGCACGGCAGGAGGCCCAGGCUGAGUCUCAAAAGAAGGAAGAAAGGAUCAAAGAGUUGGAGGGGAAGAUACAGGCCCUGGAGUCCCAGAUUGCAGCCGGACCGACUGCACCUGGAGCCCCACCUCCACCUCCGCUACCAGGGGGUGCAGCUGCUCCACCACCUCCUCCACCCCCUCCACCAUCUCCUCCAGCUUCAACCAGUUUUCCUCCUCCACCACUUGCAUUGCCUGUUGUCAAGCUGCCUUAUGGGCUGGAGCAAAAGAAGACCUACAAGCCUGAAACUGUGAUGAAGAGGGUCAACUGGACCAAGAUAGUGCCUCAGGAAAUGGCAGAGAAUUGCUUCUGGAUCAAAGUCAAAGAAGAGAAGUUUGAGAAUCCUGACCUAUUUGCUCAGCUCUCCCUCUGCUUCUCCUCACAGAGCAAAGUGAAAAAAGACAUGAAGGAUGAGACUGACGACAGAAUGCCACAAUUCAAGAAGAAGGCGAAAGAGCUCCGUAUCUUGGAUGCCAAGACGGCACAGAAUCUUUCAAUUUUCUUGGGCUCGUUCCGCCUGCCUUAUGAAGAGAUCCGGGACAUUGUGCUGGAGGUAGACGAGGAAAGACUGAGCGAAUCACUCAUCCAGAACCUGAUAAAGAACCUGCCGGAGCAGAAAGAGCUGAGCGCGCUGGCGGAACUAAAGGGUGAAUAUGAAGAGCUUGUGGAGUCGGAGCAGUUUGGCAUUGUGAUGAGUUCAGUUAAACUCCUACGACCACGACUCAAUGGCAUUCUGUUUAAGCUGACGUUUGAGGAGCAGGUGAACAACAUCCGACCAGACAUCAUGAAUGUGACGUUCGCCUGUGAAGAAGUGAAGAAGAGUGACAGCUUCAGCAAACUCCUGGAGUUGAUAUUGCUGGUUGGCAAUUACAUGAAUGCCGGCUCAAGGAACGCCCAGACGUUCGGCUUCAACGUCAGCUUUCUUUGCAAGCUCCGAGACACUAAAUCCAUCGGUCAUAAUACGACACUUCUUCAUUUCCUGGCUGAGAAGUGUGAAGAGACUUAUCCAGAGAUUUUGAGGUUUCCAGAUGAACUGGAGCACGUGGAGAACGCCAGCAAAGUGUCUGCUGAGAUCUUAAAGACCAGCUUGACCACCAUGGAGCGCCACAUUCAGAGGCUCGAGAACGACAUCGAAAACUUCCCCAAAACAGAUGACCAACAAGAUAAGUUUGUGGAAAAAAUGUCUGGCUUCUGCAAGCAUGCCCGGGAGCAGUAUGAAAAGCUGUCCACCAUGCACAAGAACAUGCAGAAGCUCUACGAGAGCAUAGGCAGUUACUUUGCCUUUGACCCCCAUUCAGUCAGUGUGGAGGAUUUCUUCGGAGACCUGGCCAACUUCCGCAUCCUCUUCAUGGAAGCAGUGAAGGAGAACCACAAGAAGAGGGAGAUGGAGGAGAAGAUCAAGAGAGCCAAGCUGGCGAAGGAGAAAGCAGAGCGCGAGAAGCAGGAGCGCCAGCAGAAGAAGAAGCAGCUGAUUGACAUGAACAAAGAAGGAGACGAAACUGGUGUAAUGGAUAGUCUAAUGGAAGCUCUACAGUCCGGAGCAGCCUUCCGUGAUCGACGAAAACGGACACCACGCAACGGUGAUCAAAGCCCUUCCAGUCCAGGCUCUCGGUGGCCGGGUGCUAACUAUGGUAACAGAACUCUAGACAACCGCCGCGCAGUCCUGGAAAGGUCUCGUUCGCGCCACAACGCAAAUCACCAAGCUCGAUGAUCACCCGCGCCUACCACAAGACGCUAGAUAAGUGCCAAAGAGGCCUGCGAGGAGGAGACGUGGAAGACAUCUGAAGGAGGGACGGACCACCCCUCACUGUGGCACACUCACACUCAAACACACACACACAGCACCAAGUAUGGAACAAAAAUGCCUGAAGAAGCUACGCAGAACUGAAGAGUUCGACAUUCAAUUAUCAUGCCAUUCAUCUGAUGCCUUACAUAUUUAUUCAAUAUUUUCUCAUUACUUUUCAUGUUCGUGUCCUCCCUACAUGGUUUGAUUUAAAAAAUGCUACUGCUUUAUAAAAUGAAUGGCUCUCAUUGUCUGAAAAUCCAUUUAAAUUCUUGCAAGUCUUCUACUUUAAUCCUUUUAUAAUCAGCGUACUACAUAGUUUUCACACGAAACAUGCAUUGAACAUUGCAGUAAAUCAAAACAUGGACAUUCUGCCAAGAGGGACUGCAAAGUAGUGUUCGCUUAUCCUGAAGAACAUACCGUGCACCGUUUAUUCAGCAAACAGUGGGGCAGCUGUCCUUUAAUGGAAGACAGGGAUUCGACACCCACGUUGGCAGGAAUUCAACCUGCUGACAUUUUCUCCAGCACUGAACUCCUAACCGAAGAGGGAGUAGCUGUUUGAAAUGUUGUUUUUUUUUCCCUCUGUCAAUCCCUCCUUCAACUGACAUCAAGACAAUUUUCAGUAGUAAAUUUAAAACAAGUCCCCAUGAAUCACUUCACUGCAUAUCCCACGAAGCCACGAGAGCCGGCCCCUGUCUACACCAAUAUCUCAACGCAUGUGACUCAUGGAUCUUGAAACUGUAAUCUCCAUUUUGACAAGAUGCAUUUUAUUUUUAGUUGUGUAACAUCUAACCAAUGCCUUCGGGUGCUGAUCUCUGUCCCAAGGUCGCUUUUGCUGUUAACAUGAGAGACUGACACAUUUUUAAAUGCAUAUAACUGCCUGCAGGAACUAACGUGAACUCUUUGACCUUUCCUGUGGUCGCACAGGUUUUCAGUGGGGGGGACACAUGACAAUACGAAAGUAUUACAGUAUUUUCAUUAAUAAUCUAUUUCAAUCUGUGUAUUACUUUUUUUUUUUUUUUUUUUUAAGAUGAGGGCUCUAAAAAAAGCAGUCCAGCAAUUAUUAAUCUGUCUAGAGACUAGUGGUGAUAAGUUUGCUCCACUCACAAUUCCCAAAGCAUAUUUUCAAUAGAUUUUUUUUCUCCCAUUGGGUUUUCAAAACAUUAAUAUAAUACGCUUUGUAUAAAAACUAGAAUCUCCACUAAAGAACACAUUUUUAACAUGUGUAAUUAAUAUAAUUCUAAAUUAUUUAUAAUAUAAUUAAAAACAAAAUAUGAAAUGUUUUAGGUUUUACAUGCAGCACACGUUGAUUUAAAUAAACCCUUUGGGGAGAAAAAAAAAAAGCAUUUAAAAUCUGCUCGGGGAACUCAUGGCUCAAAAAUGGUUUUGAGACUACAAACUUUACGACUCUAUUAAAAACCCUGUUUCCUGGUGGAGUGCAUGACACCACCUCCUACCUGCAGAAAUCACCUGAUGCUUGGUGUUUGUGUACGAGACAGUUGAAACUUCACUGUAAGCUUUGUUUCUCUGUAUGGACCCGCUGUCGCACAGCUUCACGUGAACUAUUUAUUCAUAUAUUCAUGCCUGGGGCCGCCCUGUCCCCUCACUUCCCUCAGCUGUAAGCAGUUGCUACUAAAUACAACCACUGAAUCCGCAUUGAGACUGGGCGCGACCAGAAUAAUCAACUGAGGGGCACAGCAGACAAGAUGAUGCUUGUCUUAGCAAGUGAGUCUCUUAACACCCUCCGAUUCCCCAGCACUAAUGGCAUAAGUGACCCUUUUUCCAUCACAUAAGUUACUUUACUAACACUAUAACUCAGCUUGAGGCAUUGUGUGUUUGGGUGUUUCUGUCCGGACAAGUGUAUACGUGUGUGUGUGUGCGUGCGUGUGUGUGUGUGUGUGUGUGUGUGUGUGCGCACCAUGCCAGCUCAGUAGUCACAACAGGAACCCGGGCAAAAUAGGAUUGCGACUCCUGGACUGAAUAGGUGGAGAUUUUUCAUUUAAACAAUCUGCCAGUGCUGCUUAUGAUGUGUCUGUUUCAUGAUGCUUCCUCUCCCAGCCCGCAUGCUUCUAAAAAUGCAAUUUUACACAUCAUCUCGGCUCAAGGUGCACCCACAAUGCUCUGAGAAGUCUGCAUAUUUAAGAAGACAAUAAUUCUCCUCUGAAUAUAAGGUUUGAGCAGUCAUAGAGAGAAAGCAGAGAGAAUGAGUUUUCUGCAUAAGGGAUUGUGCGUUGAUAGGAGUUUCCAGGACUUGUUGUACACAGCAGAGAUAGAGAAGUGCCGUCAAAGCAGCGAUUUCCUCCUUCUGAUCGCUACUCGCCCCUUCAUCCUCUGAUAUCCGUACGAUUAUAGACAUAAAAUGAAGAAGGAAACCUGUUUUUUAAUAGUUUUUUUAAUAACAAUUCUCCACCAACACCUAUAUCUGAUGGUGUUUUCUCCCUUUCUAAUUGGAUAUUGUAUUCUUACUAAAACAAGUGGUUUGUGGUUGAUAGUGACAGUGUCUGUUUCUUGAUUAAUUUGACAAAAAAAAACAAAAAACCUUAGAUUAUCUUUCACAUGUGCCAACUUUUUUUUUUCCUUUUUUUUCUUUUUUGGAUAAACAGAGUUCUCAGAUCUUUGAAACUAUGAAAAAGAUUGUACAGACAUAUAAACUUUUUAACAUUUUUAUUUUAUCCAUUGUUUGAUAAACAUCGAUCCAGUUAAGAACUGUCAUUCAACGUAGGAGAUUUGAUGUGAUUCUGAUAGUCGUGGUAUUUCGUAUCUGAAACGCUCAUCCAUCUUUUGUAAGAUGCAAUUUGUUUGGAGAAACAAACUUUUUUAACGAUUCCAUUGUGUUGAGCUACAAGCUACGGUGUUAGCCAUUGUAGAAGUUCCACAUCAUGCAUUUCCCUGCCACAGUGAUAACUGUGAUCAUUCUGUCGUUUAAAUGAUGCAACACAAAACUAAAUAGCAAGAUUGCAUCAUAAAUCCUCCGGUUUUAGCAGACCGAAAGGCUGGAAAGCUGUAGCUGAAGACAUUAUUUUAAUUACAAAAGAAACUUCUACAAUGACAACAUUCCUCAUUAUCCCUGUAAGUGAUUGUUGUAAUUUUCCUCCCAUCUCAUCUUUUAGGAUAAUCAGAGUUGUGUGUUUUUUAUAGAAAAUAGCAAAAGAGUGUCAGGUCAAAAGGACCUGAACUGGUACAUCAUUUUAGUGUGGAAAACAGCCCAUCAUCCCAUCAUCUUAUCGCUUGUAACUAAUGAACCUCAGCUGAUGAUAUGACUUGUGCUCAUGGUAAUUGUAAGAUUGAGGAGGCAGGGGUAUGAAAGAUUCCUCAGCAACUGUAAAGGUGCCAUUCAUGUGGUGGCUGGUGGCAAGCGCUUAAAGCAAGAGAAAAGUUUGCAACGUUACUUACACUCACUGCAAUGCACUUUACCUCGCAAGAUAUUCUGCUCAGGCAGAAAAGAUUUGUCUAAGAUUCGUAAAUACAACAUUGCCACUAACAGAGUGAACUAUUUGCAAAGUAUUUCUUUUAGUAAAUAGUUCCCAGCUGCCACAUAUCCUACUUUGUUAGUGCUUACUAUUGAUUUGUGCAAGACCAAUUGCGGCUGAAUCAACAAGCAAUGCUCCUAAACAAACCCUGUCCGACCACAGUGUGUAAGCUGCCAUAUCCCUGCCUACCUUCCUUGUUGUCACUGAGUAUGUUUUAAUGUCUUAAGAAACAUUUAUAUUUGUAACAUUUUAAGUUUAUUUGUAUCCUUAGGAACAUGAAAAAAAAAAAAAAAAAAGCAAAAUGGUUAUGCACAUUGUCCUUCCAUAGACUAUGUAAUGGGAUAUGAUACUAAAUAAUAACCACUUUGUUAUAUAAACGGAUUUCUGAAAGAUA